CACUUCUUCCUCACAACUCUCUCCACAGAAGAUACUACUCUGCAAUGCCACCCCCCUCCAAACCUCCCCUCCUCCCAACAAACCACCUCACCUUCGACACCUGGAACUCCUCCUCAACAGGCCACCAAGUCGCCGACCCCGGAUCCUCCCGCGGAAUCACCUCAUGGCGCGAGACCCGACGAGAGAAACUCACCAGACAGUUUGGGGUGGGCAGGGGGGAUUGUACAUAUGACAGCAGUGAGGGGGAGAGUAAAGGGGAGUGGGUUGUGACCCAGAUACCCGCAGAAUUGCAGAAGCAGCAGCAGCAGAGGGAUAUACGGAGUAUGUUUGGGGUGUCGAAACCGAAACCAAUUCCUCCAUCACAAUCUACUAUAUCUAUGAUAGAUGCAACGUCAUUGAAUGAUUAUGAAAGUAAGAAGAGGAUAAGAGUUGAUCAAGACGAUAAUGGGAUUAAAAUACCACACACAGAAUCAAAAUCAAAAUCAGAACCACGGAAACAGAAUAAUACAUCUACAUCUACAUCUACAUCUACCAUCUUCUCCUCCCUAACCAUUCACAUAAACGGCCAAACAACACCCACCGUCUCAGACCACAAACUCAAACAUCUUCUCAUCUCGCACGGCGCAAACCUCUCGCUUCAUAUGCAUCGUGGAGUUACGCAUGUUAUUUUGGGGGAACCUAAUACUCCGUCUUCAUUGUCAUCAUCAUCAAUAAAAUCAGGAAUAAAGGUAGCAGGGGCAGGGGGUGGGUUAGCAGCUGGAAAGUUACAAAAGGAGAUACAGCGGGGUGGGUGGAAGGGGGUCAAGUUGGUGAGGGUUCAGUGGGCUAUGGAUAGUAUAGCAGCAGGGAAACGUCUCUCCGAGGCGAAAUAUGCUGUUCAGUUGCGGACGAACCAGAAGAGUGUGCUUGCAUUUACAACGUCUACAGCUACCUCAAAUACCAUUUCAUCACUUUCAUAA